AUGGAAAACCAGAGACCAAAGAAUCAACAAAUUGGAUCAUCAAAGCCCAAUAUGAAGUGCAAAAAGCACCCAAAUCAUCAGCAAUCACCAGGUGUUUGCUCAAUGUGUCUGAGAGAAAAGCUCUCUCGUUUACCUGGAACUUCAACCACAACAACAUAUGCUGUUGCUGCUGCUUCUUCUUCAUCUCUAUCUUCUCUAUCUUCUUCAAAUUCUUAUUCUUAUACGUCUCCGGUGCAUCGGAAUGGCCGGGUUGAUUUGGAGGCAAAAGGGUCUGUGAAUUUCUUGAAGAGUGGUAAGAAUUUGCUUGCUAAAAGCAGGUCAAUGGCUUUUGUUCCUCGAAGACGAGAGGUAGAGACUAUUAUGGAUCAUGGGAAGAAGAAAAAAGGCUUUUGGUCGAAGUUGAUUCGUCCGGGAAAAAAGAGAAUGGAUAAAGGUUUGAGGAACUCGAGAACUAUGAUAGAAAGGGUUAGUACAAGGGUCCAUUGA